AUGGGGGAGAUAUUCUUGGACAAAGCACUUGGGCUUCUGUCGUCAGACAAGCAGAAGGACCGAGGUGAUGGCCUAGCAGAUUUGAAACACAUAUUCCAGCAAAAUAAACAUGGCUCAAAGCUACUGGACCUCAGCGAUAAAGCCUGCCACAAGAUCUUUGAAUCAUUGUUUCGAUUUGUUGCGUUAGAAAGAUCAAUAUAUCAUCGCGCCAAAAGAUCAAAUUCCAAGAGCCCUUCUAGUACCCGAUUGUCAACAUGCGCGUCAGUGCUUCGGACUGCAGUCGAUAUCUUUUUGCGGAACCUGAGAACCAAAACUGUCCGUGCGAUAAUUGAACAUGUUAUCGAGACCAUACCAGUUCCAGGAGAAGAUCUAUGGGAGCCUUUGAGCGUCGACUAUACGAAAUGCUUGGUAUCUUUGCUACGCCAUUCUCCCCACACCGAGCAUCUCGGCGAUGCAGAAUGGGAGAAUCUCAUGGAUUUCUGCCUUGCAGCCAUCAAAGUGGAAGACGGGAAUGAGAAUCAGCUCAGCAUUCGCAGCGGUCAUCGUUCUUGCCCGGAAGAGGCACUUGAUGGUAGUGACAGUCCCUCAAGCUCAUUCAGGAUGACCCCAAUCCCGACCCAGAGAGAGAAGUUUAUGGGCGAUAGAAAUAAUAUCGGGGAGACAUUAGCAUGCAUCCAACUGUUGACUGCGAGUCCCAGUGCCCCCGUGCAGGCUGCGGCCGAAAAACUACUCCAGGGCCUGGUGGAGUUCGUCAAGUCGCCAUCCAUGAUGGUUGGAAAUGCUCACCAGCUGGCAUUCAAUAGCAUCAAUACAGUCCUUUCAAAAGUAUUUUUCGAUCAAUCCGAGCUGGUUCGAUCAUCCUUGUUGACCCUGAUCCCGGUAAUCCGACGUCUAUGGACCACCAAAUUCCACAACCUGAAAGACGAGCUCCUCGCUACCUUGAUGCUGUGCGUGGUCAUUCUGGUCGAUUCGGCUGCCAAGAACCCGACUGAAUCAUUGAUGCACUUGAUAGAGAGGUUGGCCGACUCUCUGCAUUCCGAAUAUGUGAAGCGACCUGAGAAAGACCAGUUGCAACUUGACGAUAUUGUCUUUGAUCACACCACGGUAGAUAGCAACACAUCGUUUUAUGGCCCUCGCCUCGGAAAUACCCGCUCGGAACAUGGCUGGACGACUAUGUGGGUAAUUGCAAACCUGUUCAAGCUUUUAGAAACAGUUGCAAACAAAUUACCGAGCUCUGAAUCCGACCACGAAACAUCGCACAAAAGACAGCGAGUCAAUUCAGUGAUGGAAGACAUUGUUCGAGAUGCUACGUCGGCAACUGGCACACGAAGGAUCUGUGCAUUGCAAUUAAUUCCAUUCCUCGAAAGGAACUUGGAUGUUGAAAGAAAGCAGGCUAUUACGCAGCGACUAGUUCCCUGCAUGCUUGAUGAUAGUGCGACUGUAUCUUCUUGGACUAUGUUGGCUCUGACUAGCAUUGCGAAGGGAUCAGACGCGAAAAUAUCCGUUCUAAGGGCCCAUUGGUCACGAGCAAUAGAUCUUACAACCCGUUCAUUCUCCUCAUCUGGCACAUCGCGGGCCGCUUGCAAGUUGACCAGUUCCAUCUUGGAAGCAGAAUUGUUAGAUCACUCGAUAGCGACCGAAACCGUACGAUCGUUGCUCUCGUCUAUAAACUUCAACGGGCCUUCUACUAUUUCUGAUUCAUCCCUAGAGCUGUGGUCAUUGAUUACCCAGAGGAAAGCGCAACUGAACCCCGGUUCAAUCCAAAAUUCUUCUAAACAAGUUUGCAAUUGGUUGAGAGAGGUUUGGACAAUUGGUGCUGUGACAGACCGGAUUCAAAUGGCCAAUAUCGCUAUGUUUGCCCGCCCAUUGGACCUGCUUAAUCUUUUUAUGGCAUGUACGAACCGACCCUUUGAUAUUCCAUGUCUCCCACAAACGGGCCUCUCAGGUAACAUCACCAAGAUCUGGUUCUUCUUUCACGAGAACCGAGGGAUUCUGGAGUAUAUUUACAAUGUCGGAAGCUCCUUUGGACGCUGGAGACCAUGGGACCGAAAUGUGGCGUGGAGUUUGAAGCUGCAGAACCGGGCAGAACCUGAUGAUGAAGUCAUUCUGGAGCUCCUACGAUCGAAAUCGGAGGCAUUUCUCCAAAUUUGGAAGACAAUGACCGAAGAUAAGUCAUAUCAUGUCACUGCUGAUCUUCUCCAAAUCGCAGUCUCGUUCUGUAUCAUCUCUGGUCUUUACGUGGCAUGUAUACCUCCGCAACUGGCCCCAAAGGUGCAAGAAACGCAGCAGAAUUGCCAAAUCCUUUGGUGUGGCAUAUGUGAUUUCCUGGCAGCACAUGGAUCCAACUUCAUGCAGGCGUGCCUUGAACUAUUAUCGCCUAUACUUCCUUCAACGUCAAAUCUCGACGGCCAGUCUGUUGUCUGGGUGGGACUCUUAUCGCUUGUUGCUCCGCUCGCGAACAUACUUGAAACAUUGCGCCAGAAACAGAAAGACCACCGCUUUGCUUCUAAAGACCUCAUGGACUUGGAUGAUCAACUGACAUCAACCGGCGAAGAGCAAUCCGCUGAACAGAUAAUCCUUUCUUUGAAUCGAGAAUCUGUCCCUCUAUUUUCAGAAUCGGUCUCUUUCCAACGCUGUUUGACCAUUCAACUUUCUAUUAUGCUCAGACUACAUCCUGCCACACCCUACAAUGCAUCAUCAAAUCAUUCGAGCCUGGCUGAAUACAUGGCUAGCCUGGAUGAAGCAGACCUCUUAUCUGCGCGCCACGUUCUACCUGAGGCCUACCAUGGCUGUUCGAAAAUGGGGCGAGACGACGUCCUCCGCGUGAUUGAAGAGACUGGAGAGACGUGUCUUCAAUCAUAUGAAAUGGAACGCUGUGAAGCAUCUCAUAGUGUUUGCAUUAGUAUGAUGACCAGCCUUGUUGCAUGUUGGACAGGAACUGAGAGCGAUACCCUGAAUGAUUCAGCCAUGGACCUGUAUACUUGGUUCAUGGAGGUCCUCCUCGCUCGGAAGAGAGCGUCACCCAGGGUUUAUAUCUUGAUGUCUGAAUUAAUACAGGCGGUACUUGAUAUAUGCCCUUCACAUGGUAGUGAGCAAUCGCUUCAAUCACCGCGAACAAGUCUAUUCACAAUUCUCCACGAGGGAGAUGCUCAAGUCAAAUUCAGCGUUGCCAAUUUUAUUCCGACUCUUUUCGAAAGGUUUCUUCUCAGAGAUCACGAUGCGAUAUUCGACGAUGUGUUGGAAAGUCUACCUAGAGAUCCAGAUUGGAUCGAAGGGAUUGCUCUUCGCCUGCUUGUCUUGUCACUGUUGGCUUCUGAAUGGCACACUUUGCUAAGAAGAAGUAUUUACCAUAUGUUUGAAACACCGGCCCAGGUCCCGCUCUCUUUGGAGUAUGCCCGUAAAUGUAUGAAGUUCGUUUCGAGGGCCCGAGGGCUAGAAGACGGCAGACAGCUCUUCCGACUUUUUGCGUCCCAGAUACUCUACACAUGGACAGAGACCCAGGCAAUCACUUCAAUGCCAUUCAGCAUGUUUGGAUAUGGGAGUCUCAGAGAAAUGGUCGCGGACGUGAAAGAAGAACUCGUUGGGCAGAUGAUAAUGCGUGCCAAAGAGUCGGAAACGCAAGAACUCGCAGCUCUUCUCGAAGAGCCCCACCUCAAGCUUCUGGAAACGUCAUUUCACAAAGCAGAAGCUUACAGUGUUGCUCGUGACAUCAGCACUCCACCAGAACAGGGUAGCCAGCCGAAAGGUAUGGAGAUUCGGCUAAGAAAGCUGCUUGGGGCCCCCGGAUUCUUAUUCCAAAUGGAAAGUCAGUUCCCUCAAAUAAUUGCCAACCUCUUCAAGGCGCUUGAUCGAUAUGAUCAGAUUGAGCGAGCAUAUAGCAAACGUUCUGCCUUUCGCUAUGCCCUUGAUAUUCAGAAUCAAAUCGCUAGUAGAUGCAAUCCUCAGAGUUCGUUACCCGCAAACCAGCAGCCAUCUUUUCGAGCUCGUUAUCUCUUGGACGAGCUGGAGUUCAUUUGCAACCGUGCAGGAUUUGAACUCGAGUCAAUAUGGACACCAACUUUGGUCUCGUUCGUGUGCAGGUCCCUUUUGGAGACGAUUCAUCCUGCUUUGGGAUCGCUACAUACGUGUUCUGUCAUUCGAAAGAUCAAGAUUUUGGUUUGUCUGGCUGGCCCAAUAAUACUCGAUGAUUAUCCGCUUGAGAUGCUCUUACAUGCUUUGCGACCAUUCCUUGUUGAUAUCCAUUGCUGCGAAGAUGUCUUGGGCAUUAUUUGGUAUCUCCUGGACGCCGGCAAAGCAUACUUGACCCGGGCUCCCGGGUUCAUGGCAGGGAUCUGUAUAUCCAUACUCGUCACACUCCGCAAGCUUUUCACAUCAUCCCCAGAGAGCACAACACAGGAGAGCCAGUUUAGGACAGUGCUUGCGAACGCGCAAUCAUUCCACCAUUGGCUUUGUGAUCUGAUUAGAGAUUAUGAUUGUUCCAGUUGGAGUGCAGACGGCCAGAAGUCUUUCUCUCAACUUCUCAACUUUGCGCAACAGUUUUCAGUUGUCGCUGAUUCAUCGAAUGGUCAGAAUGAAAAACAUUUGGUUCUCGAGGUGCUGAAAGACCGCGAAUCUGCGCAGCCCUUGCUGAGCAAAUCGAUUGGUGACAAUGUGUUAUCCCUACUGUGCCCUGAAAUUAAGCGGCCGUUGGAAAAGGACGACUUGAAUCUCGAAUCAGCAUCUCACGUUGUUUCCUUAUGGGAUACCGUGGAUAGAUUUGACAGCGGACCCGAGUAUUCUUUAUGGGCGGCUCGGCUUAUCGGACGUUCAUUUGCUGCUACAGGCAAGAUAGACGAAAGCUUGCUAAGGGAGCAAGAAAUCUCGUUCUUCAAGGUAUCUGACAUAAAAGACCAGCUUGACAACCUCUGUCACUCCAAGGCUAGCAUCCUCCAAAUCCUUUGCGAGAAGCUACCCACCCACAAUCAUGUGGAGGCUGGUCUGAUUGAACGUACCCUCCAACUGAUUCUCAACAAGAUUGCUCAGCUUCCAGACUUCCAAGGCUGCGCGGAAGUCAUCCCUGAGUGCUUGAUGAAAGCCCUUAUCUGGAAUCCAUACGCCUGCCCUGAUCUCACCCUCUCGGCAUCAGAGCUCGAAAUUUGUACCAAAGCAGACGCGAGUGUAUGUGGGCUUUCUGUGAUUGACUGGGCUCGCAAUACUUCCCUCCUACUGUGUAAUGUCUCCUUGAAUGAUCCGGUUAUCGGCUCCCUACGCAAGAUUCUUAAUUCGAUUCCUGGAUUGGCUGUGCAGUUACUGCCAUAUAUAGUCCAUGACGUUCUACUCGCAGAAGACAAGAAAGGGCAGAUUCGACAGGAUAUCUCUGAGAUUUUCAAACAAAUACUGCGCGAAGUGCAUGUCGAAACGAUGCCUCAUGCUCGGAGCGUGAUCAAUUGCAUUCUUUACCUUCGCAAUCAACCUGUCCCAGAUGAAUCAACCAUCGUCGAGCGGGAUAUGUGGCUUGAUGUCGAUUUUGGAGAAGCUUCUUCUGCUGCGCAUCAGUGUGGAUUACAGAAGACUGCGCUUCUUUUUCUUGAGAUACAAGCAAGUAGAGUUGUUGCAGGCUCACGUCGUUCAUCUGUUGUGAAAUAUGAACCACCAUUGGACCUUCUCCAUGACAUUUUCAAGAACGUGGAUGAUCCGGACUUGUUUUACGGGAUCCAGCAAAGCUCCUCCCUGACCACUGUUAUGGAAAGAUUAGAGUACGAGAGCUCCGGACUCAAGAAUCUUUUGUUUCAGAGUGCACAGUAUGACAGCGAAAUCCAGGUUUCUGGAAUUGCGAAUCCCUCCGGGGUGCUGAAAGCCUUGAAUGCUGCAAACCUACAGGGAAUUGCCAAUACAAUGCUAACUACCGGAGGGGUAACAAAAGACAUCCCUUUUUCCACGGAUAAUAUGCUUCAAGGAGCAAUGAGCCUGCAACAAUGGGAUGUGCCUGUCUCACCAUUGGAUUCGUCUCCGUCAGCCACAGUGUUUCGUGCAUUCCAAAGCCUCAACACCUCGUCUUCUCUACCAGAAGUAUUUGAUUGUAUUGAGAAAUGUCUUUUGACGACUCUAAACUCCUUGACCGACACUGGGCGGUCCGCAAUCCAGAUCAGAAAAACCAUGCGUGCCCUGGGCAUUAUGACAGAGAUGAAUGAUGUGAUUCAGUCAUCAUCCUCUGAUGAGAUGACGAAUGAGUGGAAGCGGAUUCAAGAUAGCAGCAGCUGGCUGAAAACCGAAAGUUAUCACGAGGUUGGAGAGGUUCUGAGUUGGCACGAGGCAUUAUUCUCUUCAAUCAGGAAAAGUGACCUGCUGAAGUCAACAACCAAGAUGAACAUUGCGGAAGCACGCCUACUUGAAGCACUCGUAUUUCGUCAAUCCCUUGAAAUCACUAGGAAGCAUGCCGUGCCACAGGCAUCUUUGAAAUCAGCAAUCAGCCUCUCAAGGCUGGCUGAACCAUCUGCUCAACUGGGGAUGAACAUUGAUGCGGCAAUCAAGUUUGAUCUCGCUAAUGUGCUCUGGGACCAGGGGGAGAUGACUGCAUCCAUUCGAAUGCUGCAACAUCUGAAAGGCCAGGGUGAUUUACACAAGCAAGCGAUUCCACUUAGCCGCCCCGAAUUACUUGUCACUUUGGGUCAUCAUGUCGCCGAAGCACGCCUGGAGAAGCCAGAAUCGAUCCUUCAAGAUUACCUCUCUCCCGCAGUCAGAGAACUGAAAGGUGAAUCCGCAGGAGAAACUGCUGGGAGAGUGUAUCAUGGAUUCGCAUCUUUCUGUGACCAGCAGCUCCUGAACGCUGACGGACUGGAAGACUUCAAGCGAGUGGAACAACUGCGAGAUCGUAAAGAGAAAGAGCUUAGAGGCCUCGAGGAUAUGAUGAAAAAUGCAGAGGGUCGGGAAAAGGACUCUUUGAAAGUUUUUCGUUCAAAGGCAAAGCAAUGGUUCGAUCUUGAUGAUCGCGAAUACCAGCGUUUGCUCCGAAGUCGAGAAGCCUUCUUGCAACAGUGCCUUGAGAACUAUCUCCUUGCCUUGCAAGAGAGUGAUACUUACCACAACGAUAUCCUCCGAUUCUGUGCGCUCUGGCUAGACAAGUCUGAUAGCAAGAUUGCCAAUGUGGCCGUCUCUAAACAUCUCCAUGAAGUGCCGAGCUAUAAAUUCGCGCCACUCAUGAAUCAGCUCUCUUCUCGCCUACUUGAUGUCUCCGAUGAAUUCCAGGCGCUUCUUGAUGGGCUCGUGUACAAGAUUUGCGUUGAACACCCAUUCCACGGCAUGUAUCAGAUAUUUGCCAGUAGCAAGUCCAAGGGAGGAAAAGAUCCUUCAUCUCAUUCUCGAUUCCGUGCCGCAAACCAGCUUGUGGAUCGUUUAAAGAACGAUAGUAAGAUGGGACCGACCUGGGUGGCGGUUCAUAAUAUGAAUAUCACCUACGUCCGCUUUGCAGUCGAGAAGCCAGACCCCAAAUUCAAAACAGGUGCCAAAAUUCCUCUGAAGAAACUUCCCACUGGAGAGCGUCUUGGACAAGAUGUACUCACAUACAGAUUACCACCGCCAACUAUGAAAAUUGAGCUCCGGCGAGAUCGAGAUUAUAGCAAGGUCCCUACGGUUGCUAAGUUUUCCUCUGAAUUCACACUUGCAUCUGGUGUUAGCGCUCCCAAGAUUGUUACAGCCGUCGCAACCAAUGGUGUCCGUUAUAAGCAACUGUACAAAGGAGGAAAUGAUGACCUUCGUCAAGACGCGAUCAUGGAACAAGUUUUUGAGCAAGUCAGCAGUGUUCUGCAUGAUCACCAGCCAACCCGCCAGCGAAAUUUAGUAAUCAGGACCUACAAGGUGUUGCCGUUGACCCUCCACGCAGGCAUAAUCGAAUUUGUCCCUAACACUAUACCCCUGCACGACUAUCUGAUGCCUGCACAUCAACGUUAUUUCCCCAAGGAUAUGAAGCCCAGUGCCUGUCGAAAACAUAUCGCCGACGUGCAGAAUCGAUCGUUUGAGCAACGAGUGAGGACGUACCGUCAAGUGACAGAGCACUUCCAUCCAGUGAUGAAAUAUUUCUUCAUGGAGAAGUUCAACAACCCUGAUGACUGGUUCAGCAAACGCCUUGCUUAUACCAGAAGUACUGCCGCAAUCUCUAUUCUCGGUCACAUCUUGGGACUUGGUGAUCGGCACGGACACAACAUCUUGUUGGAUGAGAAGACAGGUGAAGUAGUGCACAUUGAUCUGGGCGUUGCAUUUGAACAAGGGCGAAUUCUUCCCGUUCCAGAAGUCGUGCCUUUCCGACUGACUCGGGAUCUUGUCGACGGGUUUGGUAUCACCAAGACAGAGGGCAUCUUCCGGCGAUGCUGUGAAUUUACUUUGGAAGCACUCCGACAAGAGUCAUAUAGUAUUAUGACUAUUCUUGAUGUGCUUCGUUAUGAUCCAUUGUACAGUUGGACUGUGUCGCCGCUGCGAAUGAAGAAGAUGCAGGAUAACCAGGAAGCGGGUGACGGGCUUCCUGUUUUGCCAGGAACAACGGAUCAAUCCCCGUCAAAUGAACCAAGCGAGGCUGACCGGGCUUUAACAGUGGUGGCAAAGAAAUUGAGUAAGACACUCAGCGUGACUGCAACUGUUAAUGAGCUUAUCCAGCAGGCAACGGAUGAGAGGAAUCUUGCUAUGCUGUAUUGUGGUUGGGCCUCGUACGCAUAA